AUAAACAGAACAAAAAAUAUUACAACAAAGUCUGGAUUUAUAAAAAGUAGACAAAACGUUUUGGGACAACAAAGUGAGCGAUUUGUGACAGAGGAGGAUCUGAUCUUGCACAUUCCCUGGUUUCAAGACUUUCAAGUCCAUCUCCGCCAUGGAUUCAUCAGAUUCGAAUUCUUCGACGCAUUUCGAGAGAGAGCGUCACGUACGCUUCCUGGAGAUGAUGUACGAAUUAUUGCCAUCGGAGUACCAGGGUCAGGAGAUCAAUCGCCUAACCCUUGCCUACUUCGCCAUCUCCGGCCUCCACAUGCUCGGUGCCCUCGAUCGCGUUGACAAGGAAGGGGCCAUUAAUUGGGUUUUAUCAUUGCAAGCACAUCCGAAGAAUGAGUCUGAACUGAAAAACAGACAAUUCUAUGGAUUCCAUGGUUCUAGAAGUUCUCAAUUUCAACCGAACGAUAGUGCGGUUUGGAUUCCCAAUGGUAGUCACUUGGCAAGCACAUACUGUGCGCUGGCGAUAUUGAAGACUUUUCGCUAUAAUUUGUCACAUAUGGACUCUGAAUUAAUCUUGAAAUCAAUGAAAAACCUUCAACAGCCAGAUGGGAGUUUUAUGCCCAUCCAUACUGGGGCAGAGCGAGAUCUUCGAUUCGUAUUUUGUGCAGCUGCCAUCUGUUCUAUGUUGGAUGACUGGAGUGGCAUGGAUAAGGAAAAAGCCAAGGAUUACAUAUUAAAUUGUCAGUCAUAUGAUGGUGGCUUUGGGUUGAUUCCUGGAUCAGAAUCUCAUGGUGGUGCAACUUAUUGUGCUGUUGCGUCUCUCCGGUUGAUGGGAUUCAUUGAAGAUGAUGUAUUGUCUAAAGGAGCAUCCUCUUCCAUCAUAAAUGUGCCAUUGCUUCUGGAUUGGAGCCUACAGAGGCUGGCAGCUGAUGGUGGAUUUCAAGGUCGACCCAACAAGCCUAGUGACACCUGUUAUGCCUUUUGGGUUGGAGGAGUUCUGAGGAUCUUAGGGGCCCACAAAUUCAUCGACGAGAAAGCAUUACGCCAAUUUUUGUUAACUUGCCAGUCCCAGUAUGGUGGUUUCAGUAAAUUCCCGGGCCAGCUUCCUGAUCUUUAUCACUCCUACUACGGAUUUUCUGCUUUCAGUAUGCUAGAAGAACCUGGUGUCAACCCAAUUUGUGUUGAACUAGGAAUAACAGAUGUUGCUGCCAUUGAACUCUGAUUCUACUGUUGUUUUGACAAUCGUGCUUUUCAAAGAAUCAUAGGGGGUUAUCCGUUUCAUCUCUAGAUUUUCUUUACUUGGCGCAUUAUCACCAAUACAAUGAAUUGAUGCAACUUACAACUAUUAUCUAGUGUUGUAACAUUAGGGUAAGGACAGAAUGUCUAUUGUGACCAUAUUCAUUUAAAGAUUGUUCGCUUUAUUUGGGAAUAUUCAUCCGUCUCUUUACAUCUGAUGUUUUUAAUAAA